AUGAUUCAUUCCUCAGAUGUUCCAUUUUUCAUUUCUGCUCCUCAAAUAAUCUCUUCACUUGGAUUUAUGAUGGGAGUUUGUGAUCCUAAAGAUACAAAAGGAUUAGUAAAAUCACUCACAGUUAAAGAAAAUAAAAGAGAAAAUAAAAAUAAUUCUAAAGAUAAAAAAGAUGAAAGAAAGCAUGAUUAUUUAGUUGAUCAUACUCUCAAAUUCGUACAUAAAUGGAGUGCAGAACUUCGAACACUUCUCACUCCUGGAGAUUAUUAUAGAGAAAGACGUGUUUAUGCACAUCCGAAAUAUGUAAAUCCACGUAAUGAGAAUACGUUUCAGCUGUUUCGUUGGUUUCGUGUUGAAGAAAAGAUCUUUGAUGGGCCAGAGGAAGUAAUGAAUUGGGUUGCUCGAACCUUGAAGACUGAAAUUUCUCCUCUUCAAAAGAUAUUCAUUCUCUGGUCAUGGGAACAAUCAAAUAUUGAUCGAAUGAAAGAAAAACGUAUGGUUGAAGAAAUCAGUACAAAAGUGCAGUCAAAGAAGAAAACAAAUGAAAAUAAAAAAGUAAUUCCAAACCAGCUUCUACCAACAAUUCCAUCGAAUUCUCCUUCUCUUCAAAAGAAAAAAGAAAUAUGUGAAAUGGAUACAAAAACACCAAUUCUAGCUUGGAUUAGUCAUGCGGUUGUUGAAAUUCCAGAUGAAUUUUUUGAUGGAGAGAAGGUGUAUACAUACGGAAACGGUGAAUAUCUGAAAGUACACGAUUCUCCGUCUCAAUCAAUUCGCAUCUACAAAGCUAAUUUUGAUUUCAACACUAUCAUAAUUCCCACCCAAAAUCUGCAAUUAGUAAUGUUGAUUCUCUAUGAUUACGAAGAUUCCAAAUUAUGUCCACUGAUAGAAAUGCGAAAUUUCGCAUCAAGUUAUUUCAAUUCAAAAGGUCCAUGUCUUGUUCGAAAACAAUCAAAAGCUCCUCCCACAGUAAUAAAGUCAAUCUACAUCCCUAAUUGGAGAAAGAUCGAGUUUCCUGCUAAUCGAAUUGCUCAUCAUCUAGUUGCAACAAUGAAUCUUCAUUCAAUCUUCGUUCCUGGAGGUUUCGGUGAUUUGGCAAUAGCUGAUGCAAUUCCAUCGGCAACUGGAGACCCAAAACAAGUCAGUCAUUUACAACAUUAUGGACUCCUUUCUCUCCGAAAUUCUCCUAAAAGAGAAAUUGUGAAAAAUCAAGAAGUUAGAUCAUUUCUUCGUAGAAAUACUCGAAAGAAGACCGGUCUUAAGAUCGAGGAAAAACGAAAAGAAGAAGAAGUCAAAAAAGCUAUUCCAUAUUUAGAUUUAAAAUCACCAGCAACCGAAGUAGUCCACUAUCCAAUCUGUGUUAUUUUGUGGGAUAAAAAUCGAAACCUUCCUGCUUAUAUGGGAAAAGUGACGGGAAACGAGGAGGAGGAAGAAAUGGAGGAAACGGACGAACCAGAAACUACCGAUAAAAAGUGA